UCGGAUCUUCAUUCUGUCACUAACACAUGUAGAGCAGGGCAGGACUGAAGUACGGCGUACAUGGGGGGGAGAAAGAACAGAUUACAUUACUCUCGUUUUGUGAAGCAGAAUAACAAAGGUCCGUCUAUUUUAUAUGGAAAUUUUUAAGUACAUAGCGCAACAUUUUUUCAAGGACAUAUCCCAGUCGCUCUUGAAACAGUCUCGCGCCAGUGGAAAUACAAUCUGAAAACUCCAUUGCCUUACUUCGUGUAUUAGCCUACUAUCAAUAGAACGAAAUAUUCCGGAGGACUUGCAUUUUCUGGUGUUGGACUGGUGCGUUGUCUCCUGACUUUGUCAUUUGAUUGCGAAUUCAUCACACUUCCCCGGACUCAUUGCAUUAUUUUUAUACAAAUACAUUUGUCCAAGAAAGGUCUGCGCGGCAAAUUGUUUCAACAAUAACAUUUCAAGGAGACAAAGAGGCUCUAAGUAGCUUCGCUCUGUCUUGUUCAGCUACGGAAACCAUGGUGAACCCUGGUGGCAGUGCCCAGCCACCCCCAGUUGGAGCAGGGUCUCUCUCCUGGAAGAGGUGUGCAGGAUGUGGGGGAAAGAUUGCAGACCGCUUCCUCCUCUAUGCCAUGGACAGCUACUGGCACAGCAGGUGCCUCAAGUGUUCCUGUUGCCAGGCGCAACUGGGAGAGAUUGGCACAUCCUGCUACACUAAAAGCGGCAUGAUUCUCUGCAGAAAUGACUACAUCAGGUUAUUUGGGAAUAGUGGAGCUUGCAGUGCAUGUGGUCAGUCCAUACCAGCCAGUGAAUUGGUCAUGAGAGCGCAGGGCAAUGUCUACCAUCUCAAGUGCUUUACGUGCUCCACCUGCCGGAAUCGCCUGGUCCCCGGGGACCGCUUUCACUACAUCAACGGCAGCUUGUUCUGCGAACACGACAGACCCACGGCUCUUAUCAACGGCCAUUUGAAUUCACUCCAAACAAACCCGCUACUGCCAGACCAGAAGGUGUGUUAAAGGGGAGGUGUUCGAAGAAGAAGCAGGAGGCGUGCCUUCAUUUCCGCCCUCCCUCAUCGCCCACCCGCAACCUCAGCCCCCCCCCCCCCCCCGCAAAUCCCCCCCCACCCCCUCCCUACCUCCGUCCCAGCCCCCCUUUCUCCCGCGGCUCCCCCUCCCACAGGUGGGCGCCCUGUGCUGGAGAGACUGAGACGGGACUCUGUGAACCUGGACUAACAGGAGGCCGUUCACAAAACGGGAACGGACAAGAGAGACAAACCUGAGGACAUUUCGGGUAGAGAGAGAAAAAAAAAAAGACAAACGAAGCUAAUUAUGUGCAGCUUUUCAAAUCUGCAUAGUACCCUCAUAAACAGUUAGUGGGGGAACUGACUGCAUUUUCUUUCUUUUCCUUUUUUAAGCCCACCCUCCUUUCUUUCUUUACAACCUGGUCUUUCCUCUUUAUAUAUUUUAAGUGUUGUAAAGGGAAUGUGUUCCAUUUCGGGGAUAAAUGACUAUGGGAUAAAAAAAUGAUAUCCGUGGCUUUUGUGGAAAUCGAAUCAUAAACACUUUUGGUGUAUCUGUACAAUGCCAUGUAUGUAUGCAUGUAAGUGUUUUGUCCCAGUGUGGCUACACUCUUCUCCUGAAAUUACCUUCUCUAAACCCCCUUCCUCUAAACUUUGAGCCCAACACCUAAUCCUACCACAGAAAAAGAAAACAAACAAAAAAUGCUCAUAGCUCAUCAUGUAGAGAUUUUCACCAACCUAUAAAUGCUGAAUGAAAUAAAUCUAUUUGUGAUAUUUUCAGAGACAUUUGCUCCAGUAUGGUGUAUUUAAUUAAUAAAAAUUAAGAUCAAAUCAAAAUACAAACCCUGCUUUCUUCAAUGCGCAGGCGACUGCAUUUUCUUCAGCAUUGUUGUAUAUUACAAAUUGAAUGAAAAACCAUGCUAGUUGUCCAGAGAUUUUUAAUAAAUGUAUCCCACGGAGGCUAGUAUACAGGGUAUGUAUAAAUACUAUAUUACCAGAGGUUAUUUUUUUUACAUUAUGACAUAUUUUGUAAUUAUUUUGCCAUCCUUUCUAAACAUUUCUAAAGCAUAUCCUUUGUAAAUAAACAAUGUAUUGGCCAAUGCUGAGAGGAGUUUAUCACAAUCAAUGUCAAAGCCAUUAUUUCCAGUAAGCAUUCAUUUCAAUAUUUUCAAACAAAAAAUAUUUAAUUAACCCUAUACUAACUCCAACAUUCUGUUCCUUAAAAAAACAAAACAUUAAACUGGUCAUAACCCUUCACAGAUAAUAAUUGUGGACCAACAAUGGUUACACACUAAUAGUGGGCAUGUGAUAGUAAUAGAAUAUUUGUAAGCAUAUAAUAUUUCUUAGAUACAGAUGCUAUUCAUCUACUAUGUACAAAUGGAUGGUAAUGCCCUUUGAAAAUUGAAUUACCAAAGAAAGGGAAAGAUGCCUCUGUCAAACUUACGGGCUCCUCUAGAAAAAAGGAAUUAAAAGCUGUUGCUUUCUAUCUAGCGGUUCUGUUUGUAUUUGGCCAAGAUACAGCUGUGCAUCCACAAUGUUGGGCUCUAUCUCACCUCAGCUUUUUUUCCUUGGCUGUGGUGUGCAUGUACUUCAAUGUAACCUGGAGGUAGAAAGAUUUGCCAAAUUGUUGCACAAUAUAAGAAACAAAUGGUAUCAAUUCCUUUACUUUUACAAAAACCAGUAUCUGUUUUGUAUUUAUUUAGUAGUAAAAUCGUGAGAGUUAAGGUCAUGAGAGCGAUGUUUUAUCGGAUGUUACUAUACAGUAGUUAUACUACAGUAACGUUUGGUGCGGGAGGUUCCCAGAAUAUAUAUUAUUAUAUUAAAACAUUUUCUGGCUGCAUUUCAGGCAAAAGAAAAAGGAAUGAAAAUAACUGGGUCAGACAGGGGGCAAAAGCUCAGUUGUUAAUACUGUAGCAGUCAACCGCAUGCAUUGUGUUUGGAAACAUGCAAAUGCUGGAAACAUGCAUUAUUUGUCCUGCCUCAUGACUGUUAACAUGAAGUGAAGCACUGGUAGAACAGGUACGUUGUUCCGCUGGAUUACUGGAGUUCAAAUCAGCUCCCUUUAAUGCAAUAGUUCAUCUAUCUCUUAAAUAGUUUAAGAUUUAAGAACUGUAACAAAAAUAAUUUUUACAAAUAAAAAGAACUUGGCCCUGUCUUGGGAUUCAGGGAAGAGUGAGUUCAGGAAUUUUGAACUCAUAAUAGAGUAAGCAUGAACACAAUGAAUUGUCAGUGGAACUCAGUUCAAUGCUGUCAUGUUCAUUUGUUUUGUGUUUGCUGCCUUGCAUUUUUUAAUGAAAGAGGACCCUUUCUUUAAGAUGACAAAGACAUAGAGUUGAAGCGGACCUUGAACAAAAUCUCUUUCUGUAUUUCUGUACUGGGUUUCUUUUUAUUGUUACACCGUGCAUAAUGUGUAAUGCAAGAUGCAUCUAGCAACUAGAAUGGUUAACAGAUGCCUGGCAGUUGUUUUCCAUCGUGAAAUGCUCUAACAAGUGCUCAUCUGAAGCUGGUUUUUGAGACACAGUGAUGUUUACAGUAUUACUAAUGACUGUAAUCAUAAUAUAUGUAGAUACUUCCAUUUCAGUAAAUGUCAAUGUCAUGGUCA